AACUAGAGCAGUAAGUAGACUGCAUCAUUCUGCAGAAGCUAUCUGCUGGGAGCUUCCACAGCAGUCAUCCCAUCAAUGUGAUCAAUCUUCCACCCCAAGUUGUGGUGACGGGUUUUUUUGUGAUGAAAUUUAAUGUUAUCCAAUUUCUUGGGAGGCCAAGUGUGAAAAGGGAACUUGUUAACAUCUGGAAUAGCAAAUUGCAAGCUCAAGGGGAGUGCACAUGUACACGCGAUGGGGAGUUAAAAGAAGAAUUUGCACCAACAAAAACUAAAAAUUUCGUAGAUUCUGGGAUACAAUGGAGGGACUUCCACACAUUACAAACAGUGCUGGAACAGACAAUCUUAAUAAUUAGUAUACUGUACUCAGUGUCACUCCUGGCGUCUUGCAUUUUGUUGGCGAUUCAUUGGUUCCUGAUACCAUUGAUAAAAACUUCCCGGAGGGUGCCAAAGUUCUCCAACAGGUUGAUAAGAAGUUUAUUCCGAUUGUGGCGAGCACAACACCUGAUAUAACUGAUCAGGUCUAUUUUGUCCUUUGCAUAAUUGGCCAUUUUUGGUUUCUCAU